AUGGCCACUUUCCAGUCCUACUUCCAGCCCCUGAUCAACAUCUCCAAGAACCCCGCCGCUCUUAAGAGCAUGAACUUCCCCUCGCCCCAGAACUGGUUGGCUCGCGUCCGCAACGCCAGCCCCAAGGAGCUCGCCCUCGCCGGUGUCACCGCCGCCGAGGUCAUCGGCUUCUUCACCGUUGGCGAGAUGAUCGGUCGCAUGAACAUCGUCGGCUACCGGGGUGAGCCUGCACACGGACACUAA